AUGGUAGUGUUAUGUCCCUUUUUGUGCGAUCGCCCUAAGAUAUGUUUGGAUCUGGACGCGGAGUUGAAGCGGUUGUUUGAAUCCAUAUGUCCUGUCACUGAUGGUAGUGAAGGUAUCUCGGCCGAUCAAGCUUUUAAUGAUGCUUUGGAUUUGGUUCUGGGUCCCGAAGAAGUCCGGCUUCGGGCGGUGCUGCAGGAGAUUACGGCAUUCCGUAUUACUGCUACAAGGAAGGAUACGAGUCCAGCCCGUAAGGCUCUUCUCUCUGAUUGGUAUUCUCCUUUCUUUCGCGGUCAUGGUUCUCUUCAACAGCGACUUGAUACUGAUUUCUCUGCAUCUCUUAAGGUGGACGAUAUAAGAAAUCGUCCUGUGUAUAAUUCUGUGAAGGCUGAGUAUCCAGUUCUUGAUGACUUCAGUGUCCGCCUGGCAGGUGUUAAAUCUGAAGGUGAUCAGCAUGUUGGUAGUGGUAUUGCUCCUACACCAAUGGAUGAUGUUAUUGUACUGGAAAAUGACGUGGAUUCGAAGACUAUCAGAGAAGCCCGAAAGGAGGUAGAAUCCGUUAAGAUCAUCGACGGUUCGUGUUAUUCCGGCUUUACUGAUACCCGUAGUUUCCCAUCGUGGCGUCGAAAGUUUUAUGCCCUCUGUGAUUCUCGUGGUUAUAAUGACUACGUGUUGAGGUAUUAUGCUCUGGUGAGGAAUCUUGCUGAUAAUGUUCAACUACGACUCAGGCCUACAGCUCCUCCACCGAAUGCUCCGGCUCAGAAGUGGAAGGAGGAGUAUGACCGUCUUAUGAAAGAGUUGAAGGUGUUAACAUCGGGCGUGGAUGGUGACACUGGUUCAUGGAAGGCCGAGCAAGAGCUGUUGGCACUACGACAGACUAAGUCAGAGGCCACGGCAAGUUUUCUCAACCGAUUUGAGACUACUAUAGCGGACUUGGCCUCUCAUAGUAUAGUCUUGGAUAAUGGUCGUUUGGUUGCUGCCCUUCUAAGCUCUCUCCGACAAGAUGUAAAAGAGAUUGCUGUUGAUCGUAUGGCGAAUGCCGGUGGUCGUCUUACCUAUAGCCAACUGGCAACUGCACUGGUAAUGCGUGAGCGUAUGAUCACUGGGGUAAAGGAGGGGUCUCGUGGGAGCUUGGGAAAGGUUAACUCUGUGAUUGAGACUGGUAAUGGUACUUCUAAAGAAGUGGUAAAAAAGAAGAUAUGCUAUAAUUGGCGACGAGCUGGGAAAUGUCGGUUUGGUAAGUCUUGUAAGUUUGCUCAUACCGACUUCAAAGAUGGUACAGCCAGUGGUCCUCCUAAGCCUCCUAUUGAGAAGUCCUCCGUCACCGUUAGUUCUGUUGAAGUAUCCCCUAAGCAGCCUGACGUUAGGCAGUCUGAAGAGACUGUGGAGAUUACUCAGCGUUUAUUGAACAUUGUGGAUGAUGAUCCCUGUGUUGUAUGUGCUGUUUCAAAGACUAAGGAGAAAUUAGCUGGCCCUACUAUCAGUAUUCCCCUUGGUCAGGGUAAGAUAUUGUCCGCUCUCCUGGAUACGGGAGCUUACUAUAAUUAUAUUUCUGCAUCGCUUGUAGAAAAGCUUGGCUUGGCUACAUCUAGUCGAGGAGUGUCUGAGUCAUUACGGGUUACUCUGGCCGAUGGUUCUGUUCGACAGGUGGUGGCUGUGGUCGAUGUUGCCAAAAUCCAAUUUAGGGUUCUUCAAGGUGGUCGAAAUAAGAAUGCCAUCUUGGGUGUCAGGAGUAUGUGUGAUUGUGGAGUUACGUUGUCUUUUGGCGUGAACAGUGAGUCUGAGCGAUCGGUCACCGUAAAAGGUGAGUUGAAGCCAUUAACGGCCAAUAGUGAAGCGGGUAGUGAUCCAGUGAAUAUCGUCAACGAAGACUUUGAUGAUGGUCUCAGUGAUCUCUACCAAGUUGAAGCUGAAGAUGACCCCAUUUCCUUAGUUAAUCAGAUCUCUGAUGCUCCUGGUCUUAUCGUAUCUGGUGGUACGCUGAGUCAUCCCUCUAAGAUUGGUCUGUCUAAUGCUCGGCUAGAAACCGAUGGUUGGUAUCCUGUGAUCGGUGCUGAGAAAUACCGAUGGCGUAUGAGACGUUUACGUCCUUCUGAGCAGAAAGACACACCAGAGCAGGUUUGUUGUGCUGAAAUUGAUCUUCCUUUGAAGUGUGAUGAUAAAGUAUCGUCAAGGCCACGGAGGGACUAUACAUGGGGUUUGUUCGCCAAGUUGAAGAAAGAUGAGUCUGUUGCAUUCCAGGAAGAGCUUGGCAGAUAUCUGAAGAAGGGAUGGUGGCGGCUAUCUAAAGGCCUUUAUACGGUGUUGCUACAUUUGAUGAAUGUUGCUUAUUCUCAGCUGAGUGCCGAGGAUCAACUUCUUCUACAAACUGCGAGCUUCUACAUCUACCUCGAUGAUAUUACCAUCUACUGUGAUCGAGAAGCUGUUGAUGCUGCAGACCGGUUUGUGAAUAUGAUGGAGAGUGUUUUCCUUCAAGCAGGCUUCGAGUUGCCUGCAUCUAAGCAACAUAAUUCUGAUAAAGAAAUGCAGUUCAAGCAUUUGGGUUUGAACUGGUGCUUUCGUGAAGGAAAUCUCGUGCUGUCCUGCAGAAAGUCUAUUCCUUCGGGCCUUAGAUUUCCUGAUGGUUCUUUCAAUAUGAAAUGGACUGCUCGUCUACUUCUUGGUAUUGCCGGUUGUGGUGGUACUGGUGUGGAUCCCUGUCGAUUGCAUUGUGAAGCACGACUAGCAGGAGAUUUACUCCGGUCCAUCGCUGGGAAGGGGAUGAAGGAGGCAGAUGAGUUGCUCUCGAUUGAGAAUGGCUCUGCUGACUUCAACAUCAUUUCCUCGUGUUUUACGACUCUUGAGGAGUAUUCUGCCCAACGAUGUGAACACUGGUUUUAUGGUGGUUCUAGUUUGGUGUGCUUUGUAGAUGCUUCCCCAGUUGGUUACGGGUGGUGUAUCAAGGUUGUGAAUGGUACGGUCCCUAUAUCUGAUAUUAUUCCGGAACUCUCUAAGCCAAAUACAGAGGUGUGGGAUUUGGCAGAGCAGGCUGGCAUAUGGCUGAGUACUAAAGCACAACGGAGCUGGCAUAUCAACAGGAAGGAGCUUGCUGCUAUUGGGAAGCUCAUGCUGUAUUUNNNNGGUGAUGUUGGUGUUAGUGGUAUUAGUGGUGGUAGUGGUGGUAGUGGUGGCAAUGGUGGUAAUGGUAACAAUGAUGGUAAUGGUGGUGAUGAUGUCGAAGUACUCGCUAACGCUAUAUAUAGCGAUCAAGAUGACGACAGUGAGGAUGAUGACGAGCGGGGACCAGAAGACGAUGCCGCGUGGCUAAGUGGGCUCGAGGACACCAAACCAGUCCGCAACCAGACCGUCGUCCAUAACGUCAUCACAAAAUGCCGGGAGAUGCUAAAGAUGUUGAAGUUCUCCGGGAGGGCAGCUCGCAUCAUGGAGGAUGUUCGCAGCAACAUCCCUGAUGAAGAGAAAGCUAACCUAAACUACGCAAUAGAUACGCCCACCCGCUGGAACUCAACAGUGGUAAUGUUAGAGAUGGUGCUUAAGAACGAGGCCAGCUUCGACCAGUUCCAGUUCCAAGCCAAAGUUAAAGCUGACAAACUUCAAGGCCAAAUAUGGAAAACAGUAUGCAAUUAG